GUCCUACUAGUUCCCGCCGCUGCUUCAAUCAUCCAGACCUGUGCGUUUGAGUUUGGAUUCGGCAUCUACCCCGGGUCCCUACCUGGCGCUUUCGGUCCCUCCGCCACAGUCUCUUGGAGUACCUCAGAUUGCCCCAGUGUCUGGAACUGGAUUACAGUUUCUUCUGAUGAACGCCGUCUUUGAAUGCUGCCUGGACUAUCGCAAAUACAUCCCUGCCUUGGACAAGACACAGCUGAAUCUGUAAGAGAUGCUACUGCCACUACCACCCCAGAGCUCCAAACCUGAGCCUACGAAAUCUCAGUCCAGCAAAAUUGUGCCCAGUCAUCAUGACCAGUCUGAAAAGACAGGGGAGAAUUGCCAAACAAAGAUAUCUCCAUCUUCACUUCAGGAGUCUCCAUCUUCACUUCAGGGAGCACUCAAAAAGAGAUCAGCUUUUGAAGAUCUCACUAAUGCUUCUCAAUGUCAACUUGUCCAGCCCAAGAAAGAAGCCAAUAAAGAGUUUGUAAAAGAUGUUUCUAAGAAGAUAAACAGGAGCACAUGUGCUCUUGGAUUGGCCAAAAAGAAUAAGUGGAAUCUAAAAUGGCAUAAGCUGGAAGUCACACCAGUAGUAGCCUCUACUACCGUGGUACCAAACAUUAUGGAGAAACCACUCAUUCCAGACAUAUCCAACACCUCCAAAACACCCAACACUGAGGAGGCAUCUCUCUUCAGAAAGCCAUUAGUUUUAAAAGAGGAACCCACUAUUGAGGAUAAAACCCUUAUCAAUAAGUCAUUAUCUUUAAAGAAGUGCUCAAAUCAUGGGGAGUUGUCCCUAUUGGAAAAGCCAUAGCCCCUGC